AUGAGAGUUCAUAGCACGUAUUCUACAAUGCUCGCGCCCUUCCUACUACUAGCAUCCAUGCCUCUAGUUGCCCUCGGUGCUGACGUCCUGAAGACUGACGGCUUCAGCUCCUGCGCCAGCAACUCAGACAUCAAAGUAAACAGGCUGGACAUCGAGUUCGACAAGUCCACGAAGAAGAUUACGUUCGAUGUUGCGGGCUCCAGUAGCAAGGAACAGAAAGUCAUGGCAACCUUGGUUGUCAACGCUUAUGGCAAGGAAGUGUACAGGAACAAGUUCAACCCUUGCGACGAGAACACUAAGGUGCCGGAUCUGUGUCCUGUUCCGAGUGGUAAUUUUGCAGCCAAAGGAACACAGAGCAUCCCCGACUCGUAUAUCUCCCAGAUCCCUUCCAUCGCCUUCAACGUCCCCGAUCUCGACAGCCAGGCUACACUAGAACUCACGGCAGUUGAUGGCGGCCAGCAAUUGGCGUGUAUCACAUCUCAAGUCAACAACGGAAAGUCCCUUUCGGUUCCAGGAGUUUCCUAUGCUGCCGCUGGUAUCGCUGGUGCUGCCCUCGUUGUUUCUGGCCUCUCCGCCCUCGCUAGUGCUGGCCACGCCGGUGCUCCAACACACAGCCCAACCUUCACCGAAGUCAUGGGGUGGUUCCAAUCCAUGGCUCUCAACGGAAUGAUGAGCGUGCAAUAUCCUGGCGUCUAUUCCAGUUUCUCAAAGAACUUUGGUUUCAGUACUGGACUGAUCUACUGGGAGGGCAUGCAAACUUCAAUCGAUGGUUUCCGAAAUAAAACCGGUGGCAACUUGACUGAAGAUAGCGUCAAAUAUCUGAAGACGGCAACCCUCGUUCAUACGAAUCCUGGAAACAUUACCAAGCGAGGUCUUGACACUGUCUUUCUCUGGGGCCGCGACGAACUGCAAACCCAGGUCAACGGAACCCAGAACAGCACCGGAGGAGAUGACAAGGUCCAGCACGCCGUGAAAGGGAUCCAAGGCUAUGUUGAGGAACUUAGCAUUCCUGAUGGUAAUACUUUCAUGACAGUGCUACUCAUCUUUGCCAUAGUCAUCGCCGCCAUCACCGUCGGCAUCCUUCUCUUCAAAGUCAUUCUCGAGACCUGGGCGCUCUUCGGAAGCUUCCCCAAACGUUUAACCAGCUUCCGUAAGCGGUACUGGUGGCUCCUUGCGAAAACCAUCACCAACUUGAUUCUUGUUCUCUAUGGCAUCUGGACUCUAUACUGCGUGUACCAGUUUAAGAACGGAGAUUCCUGGGCUGCCAAACUUCUUGCUGGUAUUACACUAGUCGCUUUCACUGCCAUUCUUGCCUUCUUUACUUGGAAGAUCUGGAGCAUUGCCCACAAGUUCCAAAGGAUGGAGGGCGAUGCCUCGGCUCUCUACGACAACAAGGAAGUCUGGAGGAAAUACAGCAUCUUCUACGAGAAUUACAAGAAGAGCUAUUGGUGGAUCUUCGUCCCAGCAAUUGUCUACAUGUUCGCCAAGGGCUGCGUAAUUGCUGGUGCUGACGGUCAUGGACUUGCUCAGGCCGCCGGCCAGCUGAUCGUCGAGUCUCUUCUUCUCAUUCUCCUGCUUUGGGUUCGUCCAUUCUCUCUCAAGUCUGGUAACUGGAUCAACAUCGUCAUCCAAGUCGUCCGUGUGUUGUCUGUGGUCUGCAUUCUGGUGUUCGUCGAGGAGCUUGGCGUUGCACAAACCACAAAGACAAUUACCGGUCUUGUGUUAGUUGUGAUGCAAGCAGUCUUGACUGGUCUCCUGGCUAUUCUCAUUGCUGUCAACGCCCUCAUCAUUUGCUGCCGCGACAACCCACAUCGCAAGAAGAGGAAGGAAGCCGAGAAAAUGCGCGACCUUGACAAUCUGACUCCUCUCGACGCCCGGAACUCCCUUCUCAUGGACCCUGUUGAAUACAAGAGUACCUCCGUACCCGCUCCAUUCGGCACCCGCGGUGGCUACGAUCCAGUGCCCCUUAGCGAACAACAAGUCGGACCCAGGGGUACUCGACGGUUCCAGGAGGGCCAGGAACACCUUCUAAGCGAGGCGGCGAGCAUUGACGGACAACGAAGCCACAGCCAUACACGAAGCAUCAGCGGGGAUAGAAGUCAGAGCCCGCCAGUUUCAAGGGCACCACGACUGCCUGAAAUUGAUUUAGGUGUUCAGCAAGGUGGAUACCAACAAGGUGGAUACGCUCCCCAGGGAGCAUACCGAGGCAACGCAUACUAG